AAGCGUCGACCUGCGGUGUCACACGUGUAGAACAUAAAAAGCGUGUGAGUCGUCGCCCAUGAACUAUAGUCAGAUAAGGUGUUAUCAUUUCACUUCUUGGUGAAUCCUGAUCAGUGAUCGGUGUCACCAUGGCCUCUCAACUUCUUCCUCAGGCACUGCAUCUUAUCCCAAGAAACCCUUCCCUUCCUUCAAAGAAGCUAGAGUUGUCCGCUUUUACCUCUCGUAGCCGCUUAGUUGCUUCUAAGGUUUCGGCUUCUAGGGCUUCAGUGACUCUACUGGCAUCUAAGUUCCCCUUCUGUAUACAUGCAAAAACAGCGAGAGAUGUUGUCGUGAGAGCAGAGUCCAGUUCGGAAAGUGAAGUCGAAGCGACUGAGGAUAAUGUUGAAGAAACGGAAGUCGAAGGAGGCGCUGAAUUAGAAAUAGGAGCGGAGGCAGCUGAGGUGAAUAGCGAAGAGGAAGUAAAGGAGCCAAGGAAAUCUAGGACUAGGCUUGGGGAGAUAAUGGGGAUAUUGAACAAAAGAGCAAUUGAGGCAUCAGAGAGCGUACGACCUAUUCCAGAUAUUAGAACCGGUGAUAUUGUGGAGAUUAAAUUGGAGGUUCCUGAAAAUAGGCGGAGAUUGUCCAUCUACAAAGGUAUUGUUAUGUCAAAACAGAAUGCUGGUGUCCACACUACCAUACGGAUUCGGAGAAUCAUUGCUGGUAUUGGUGUUGAGAUUGUAUUUCCUCUUUAUUCACCAAACAUUAAGGAGAUAAAAGUAGUCAGCCACAGGAAAGUCAGGAGGGCACGGCUGUACUAUCUUAGAGAAAAGCUUCCCAGGCUCUCCACCUUCAAAUGAAAAAGUACCAAGCUUUAUCUUUUUUCAGUCAGUUUCACUUCACCUCAAGGCAAUGUCUUCAAGGUUGAGAUAUUGUAAGAUUAUACUUCCCUCCCAUCAAUUUUUGCUCCUUUUUUCUUUCCUUCCAGUGAAAUGAGUACUUUUAUUGUUUGCUUACAUUUGCAAAAGGAAAUUCAAAUCAGUUUCUGGGUAUGCUAACUA